AUGGAGUUUUACUUGGAGAUCGACCCUGUCACCUUGAACCUGAUCAUCUUAGUUGUGAGCUACGUCAUCUUGCUCCUGGUUUUCCUCGUCUCCUGCAUGCUGUACGACUGCCGAGGCAAGGACCCCAGUAAGCAGGACGCGCCCGAGGCCCCUGUCGAUGCCCAGCCCUCCAUCCGCUUGGUGGUGAUGCAGCAAAGCGCCCCAGGGAGCCCCUGGGCCAGCGGCCCCAGCCUUCAUUUUGGAAGUCUCGCUCCGCCAGGGAAGAGAAGCACAACGGUGUGA